GUUUCAGAUUAACUUGUUUACUUUUGCGUUGUGAAAAGGCUGAAGAAUUACAAUCAAAUCGACUGAUAAUGGUCUAGUGCAGUAAAAAUAAUGCAAUGGAGUUCGUUUCAGAAAAUCAUUUGAAUAUCCGUCCAGGAAAACAAAAUGAGAUCCAAGUUCUAGAGCGCUGGAUUAAAGAUGAAGGUUGGGAUCAUUCAACGUAUGACACGAUGUCACAAUUGAAGAUUGACUCUAAUAGCUUGCUUGUUGCAGCUGACCAAGAUGAUAAACCAGUAGGAUUUGGAAGUGCCAUUGCCUGUAUGAAUGACCUGGUGUAUGUGGAUAACUUUAUCGUGCGAGCGGAUUUCCGCGGAAAAGGAUUCGGUCGUAUUCUUUUAAAAGACGGAAUAAUGAAACGCCUUGUCAACAGAAAUGGCGUUUUGGACAGCCUGCCCGCAAUGGCUGACACCUACAAGAAAUAUGGGUUCAUCUAUCCAGGUGUACGAACUGUUUUGUUGACAAUCACUAUUGACCGUGACAUUAUGUUUAAGCCUUUGUCAGACAACAUCAAUAUUCAAGUAAAGCCUCUUGAAAACAGCCACUGGCCAGGGAUACUUCAGUUCGAUAAAACCGUCUAUCCUACGAUAGACAGAGAAAAGAUACUGCGAGCCUUCUUUGUUGGACCUAAUGUUACGACAUUAGUAGCACUAGAACAAGACAAAGUUGUCGGGUUUGGCAGUUUACAUAAAAAGGAUGAAGGUUUAUUUGGUUUGCGUAGUGUUCAAGCCGAGGAUGAAGAGAUAGCUGAGAGGAUUAUUCAGAUGUUAUUCCAACAUGCUGGAAAUGGCUCUGCGUGCCAGCUUGUCUUUCCCAAAGGCAAAGGACUACCAACCUGUAUGAAAAGCGCAAGGCAAGGAGAAGAUCUCAUUCGACUAUACACCAAACCUGCCAUUGUUGUUAACACGGAUAAAAUAUGGGCCACUACUGUGCAUAUUGUGUAAACAGCUUGAGGAUGUAUCACCUAUACAUAUAUACAAUUAACAAGUUAGUAAGUUGUGGUCUUAAGUAACUAAGUUGUGGCCACAAUUUACUAAGUUGUGGCCACAAUUUACUUAGUGGUGGCAACAAUUUACUAAGUUAUGGCCUUAAGUUACUAAGUUGUGGCCACAAUUCUCUAAGUUGUGACCAAUUAAAUGUUGCGUAUGUCACCCAUGUGCCACCGUGAAUAUUGGUUUAAGUUAAUACUGAUUAUAUUAUUUUAUUGUGUAAAAAAUUGGGUAUCCAGUAUUUAGAAAUUAUUAGAUGAUUAUGGUUUCUCUUACAUAUUUGACAAUGUUGCCAUUAUAUAUAAUAAUAUUUGUGCAUGGAUGUAUAAGUAGACAGGUAGUUACCUUUAAGCAAGAAUGGUAAGAUAUGUAUAAUGCUAAUUUUGUUUAAAUCAUGUAUAAAAAAAAUAAAGGAACUUUUGAAUAAAAAAGUAUUUUGAUCGUUUGCUGAAAAGCCUACGUUUAUACAUCAUUUGGCUUCAACUAUCUGUCACUCAGAAUGUAGACUAUCCGAAAUGGAACGCCUCGUGACGACAGAUAGUGCUGGUUUGUAAUAUUGUAGAUAUUAUAUGUAUUGUAUUUGUAUAUGGCCAUGUUGUGCUGAUCUAAGGAGGAAAUGUAUAAACCGUUUUUACAACGUGCAUUUAUUGAAGUAACAUGACAAUGAUGAAAAAAUAGACUAUCAUUGUAUGUUCACGAGACUCGCUCAUGUUUUGCAAAAAACAAAUUAUGUGUACAUAGUUCUACAAUUAUUGAAAUAAAUGGCAAUUAUGAAAUAUAAUGAAAGACUGUCAUUGUAUGAUAAAGAGUCUCGCUCAUGUUUUGUAAAUUUAUUUUUUUAUGACGAAAUAAAGUGUGGCAAAUCA